AGCAGCGUGCGGGGAACGCCCGAUACCGUGGGAUACGAAGACGCAACGGCGAAGGAAGUCGCAAGUGGGGAUGUGGAUGCCCCACACGAAAUCGAGGCCGAUGACGACGGCGCCGCUGUUUUUGGCGUCACUGUAUCGGGCGUCCAGCAAGACGACGCUGAUGUAGGCGAAACCCCCAGCAACCCAGCAGAACAUGAACAACGGACGGAUUUAGCACCGCUCAACCACGAUGGCGAGAGCAUGAUGGAGGAUUUUUCCAUGAGCGACGCUGACACUGCGAGUGCGACCGGCGCGGCUGAGGAAGGUUCUUUCCUCGGGCUGCCUGAGAUCGACUUGCGCGACAUCUUCGAAAUGGAAGCUUGCGCGUCAACGUUUGUGUCAGUUGGUGACAGCGAGCUGGGUACAUUGGAAGGACAGUCAAGCGAUACCAUUCCUGGUCAGAACAGGUUGGAGGUGGAGUUAUCGGGCGAAACGCGGAAGGAGGGUACGGCGGCAGCCGAAAUGGCAGCUUUAAGCUACCAGCCGAAAGUUCCACAGACGCGAACAAUUGCUACCGCACGUGCCUACCGCCCUGACAAGAGUUCCUUCAAGAUCCACCGGUUCUUUUGCCGGGUUUCUCAGCGGAUCCGGCUUGCAAGAUAUGGAGGGGAACUGAACACGGGACAUGUCUGA